AUGGGUGAAGAGGUCGAGAAGCACGUGCUGCGCAAGUACGAGCUGCUGCAGAAGCUGGGCAAGGGAGCGUACGGCAUCGUGUGGAAGGCCAUCGACAAGAACAACCGGCAGGUGGUGGCGCUCAAAAAGUGCUUUGAUGCCUUUCGGAACGCUACGGACGCGCAGCGCACUUUUCGCGAGGUCAUGUACCUGCAGGAGUUAAACGGCCACAGCAACAUCAUUCGGCUACUAAACGUGGUGAAGGCCGACAACGACCGUGACAUUUAUCUCGUGUUCGACUUUAUGGAAACGGACCUGCACGCUGUCAUACGAGCCAACAUUUUGGAAGAGAUCCACAAGAAGUAUAUCAUCUACCAGUUGUUGAAGUCCCUCAAGUACAUGCACACGGCGGAGCUGUUGCAUCGUGACAUCAAGCCCAGCAAUCUUCUCCUGAACUCGGACUGCCACACCAAGCUCUGCGACUUUGGACUGUGUCGUUCCGUGGCCGAAAUCAGCGGACCCAACCCUGUUCUCACGGACUACGUCGCCACGCGAUGGUACCGUGCACCGGAGAUUCUGCUGGGCUCAACACGGUACGCCAAGUCGGUGGAUAUGUGGGCCGUCGGCUGCAUCGUGGCCGAAAUGGCUACCGGUCGACCUGCCUUCCCCGGCACGUCGACGAUGAACCAACUCGAGCGUAUCCUGGACGUCACCGGGCCGCCGUCACAAGACGACAUCGAGAGCAUCAAGUCGCCGUUCGCCAACACAAUGCUCGAGAGCUUGCCGACACCCAAACAGAAGCCGCUGGAGGAGCUGUUCCCGAAGGCGUCACCUGAAGCGCUCGACCUCAUCAAGCAAUGCUUCUGGUUUGACCCGUCCAAGCGGAUCUCGGUCAUCGACGCGUUGAAGCAUCCGUACGUGGCCCAGUUCCACAACGAAAAGGACGAGCCCAGUGCUCCGGCACCUCUGCAGAUUGUGGUGGACGACAACACCAAGUAUUCCGCCGCCGACUACCGCGACCGCCUCUACCGAGAGAUCAUCAAGAAGAAGAAGGAGGUUCGGCGGAAAGCCGGAGAGCAAGAAGCCGCAGGAGCAGCGGCGGCCACUACCGCGCAGUAG